AUGGGAGGAGGAGGAGGGCGUUCCCCGUGCUGUGACAAGAGUAAGGUGAAGAAAGGGCCGUGGAGUCCGGCGGAGGACGUCAGGCUCGUCUCUUUCAUUCAGAAACAUGGCCAUUCCAACUGGCGUUCUCUCCCAAAACAAGCCGGUCUGCUAAGGUGUGGAAAGAGCUGCCGUCUGAGAUGGAUAAAUUACCUAAGGCCAGAUGUAAAGAGGGGAAGUUUUACUCCCCAAGAAGAGCAUUCCAUUAUUCGCCUUCACGCCACCUUCGGGAACAAGUGGUCGAAGAUUGCAUCUCAGUUGCCUGGACGAACGGACAACGAGAUCAAGAAUGUGUGGAAUACACAUUUGAAGAAAAGAUCAGUGCUGAUGAGCAAAAAUGAAACUUUCUUGUCAACACCUUCAACGUCACCGGCUUCCAACAUCUCAAUUAGUAUUGAUCAACCUCACAUUAAUAGUCAAGAAAUUUCUUCUAAUCACCUGGAUAAUGAUCCAAAAGUGAUAGCCCGAGAGGGAGCUGGUGGAGGUACAUUAUUGGUAGAAGAUAUAGAUCAAUCAUCAACCCCAUCUUCAACCGCGUCUUGCAAUACUCAUGAUGAAGUAAAUCUUGAAAUUCAUUCAGAAUCAGAGGUUGAGUUUUGGAACAUGCUUGAGGACAUACAAUUACAGCCACAACCAAUCGCGGAACACCAUGGAGCCCAUAUUCCAAAUGGAUCGAUAGAUGUUGAGUACUGGAUGAGAUUGUUAGAGGAAGAACUUGGAUUAGUAGAUACAACUCCUGCUACUCAACAAAUUCACCAAAAUGAUCUAACCAAGACGAAGACCAAGCUGAACGAGGAGCUGGCAGUAUUUGGUUACAAUACGGAAAUGUGGUGGAAAAUAAGUGACGAAAUAUCUACACUGUGGCCUACUUCCCCUCAAAAUUUUGGGUUUUAG